AUGGCACGUCUACUGUGUUUAGAAAAUCCACUUCUUGACAUCCAGGCGUUUGGAAAUCAUACACUAUUGAAGAAAUAUGGCCUGAAGCCGAAUGAUGCAAUUCUGGCUGAUCAGCGUCAUCAUAACAUCUACGAAGAUCUCAUCGAUAAUCAUGCCGUGGUAAUGACGGCUGGUGGAGGGGCCCAGAACACCGCUAGAGCUGCGGCAUACAUGCUCGCAUCAGGUAGCGUCCUCUAUCUAGGCUGCGUCGGCCGUGACAGCUAUGCCGAUAUACUCAGAUCUGCUUGCCAUCAAGCUGGUGUAGACGCUGAGUAUCUCGUCGAUGACUCCCAGCCUACAGGCCGAUGCGCUGUCAUAGUUACGGAUGACAAUCGAACUUGCUGCACUGACCUUGGCGCGGCAAAUUGUUACAAGCUCAAACACUUGGAGCAGCCACGUAUCUGGAACCUUGUUACCGCGGCGAGAUUUUACUACGUUGGUGCUUAUCAUUUGACUGUCUGUCCUGAAGCGGUCAUGGCAUUGGCGAACGAAGCAGCAACAAACAACAAGGUCUUUAUGAUGUCCCUGUCGGCGCCUUUUAUCCCACACGUGUUUAAGGCGACUUUGGACAUGACGGAGCCUUACUGGGACGUCCUUGUUGGCAAUGAAAGCGAAGCCAUCGCUUGGGCGGAGUCUCACGAUUUCCAGAGCAAAGAUGUUGGCGAGAUUGCUCGACACCUCGCCGCUCGUCCUAAGGUGAAUAAAAAGCGGCCGCGUAUAGUACUGAUCACUCAAGGCCCCUCGCCAACUAUCAUUGCGGAGAGCGGGAUACUUGAGGAUCGUUGCAUUCCCGUCAAGUCAAUCGAACGUUCCGAGAUUGUCGACACGACUGGGGCAGGCGAUGCAUUUGCAGGUGGCUUCCUCGCUGGCCUUGUUGAAGGCAAACCAUUGGAGACUUGCGUCGAUAUGGGUCAUUGGCUAGCCAGACUGAGCAUCAAGGAGCUAGGGCCAAGGUUCCCUAAUCCUAAGCAAAAGUACAGCUUUUGA